AUUCUAGGCAAGGGAUUUUGCAAAAUUGCAUUAAACCUGCAGGGUUUCUUUUUUUUUCUCAAAAUAUAAAAAGGUGUUUUUUUUAAAAUUUUAAAUAAGUAGAAAUUGUUUUUUAUUAAAUAACGAAAAUAAUUCCUUUCCAAAGAAUAACUUAAACAAACAUGAGUACCGAAGAGAAAGCUUCUAUUGCCUUUGAAGUAGAAUUUAAAAAAAACCCAAAUGCACCUAUUCCGGAUCAUAUUAAGUCCAAGUUGGUCGAGGAAGCAGGUAAAAAUUUAAAUGAAGACGAACUUCGAGCAAAAAUUCAAGCAAAGCUUGACGCAGCAGAAGAAAGAAAGAAAAAAAUGGAAGAAGAAAAAGCGGCUAAAGCAGCUCAAGAAGUAGCUCAUGCCAAACAAGUAGCUGAAGAACAAAGAAGACUUUCUGAUGCUCAACAAGCAGAAAAUAAGGCCAAAUUACAAGAAAAUUUGGAUAAUGCUGAAGCAAGAAGAGAAGAAGCUCAAAAGGAGAAACUUGAAAAAAUGAGCAAACUUGAUAAGAAGCCUAGUCCAUAGAAAAUUUUAACCAAUGGGUUUCACGAGCAUGUUAUACGUUAUACGAUUUUAUAAAUAUAUAUAAAUACACACCAUUAUAUAUGUCAUGUCAUUUCAUUUUUUACUCAUUUACUAAAGAUCAUCCUGUAAUUUACGCGCAUGUAAAUUCUUUUGCAGUAAAAUAAAGUUUUAAUUCAUCUAGUCCUUAUUUGUUUUAAUCCAAAACUAAAAUAAAUAUUAUUAUUAAGUAU